CCUAAAUCUGAAUUUAUUUUUUCAUCAAUCCAGUAUCAUUAUUUUAUAUUAACCUGAGCAUAUCAAACAUGUCGGGGCACAUUGUCCCUGGUGUGGGAAAUGGUGUGCUCUCUUUAUGUCUAGCCCUCUUUAUUCAUAUGCUGCUUUGCCAUCACAUUCCUUAUUACGUUCAACAUUCCGUGUUGUAACCCCACCUGCUUAUAAAAAGCCAGGGGGAGGCUUGUGCCAUAAGACAUGGCUGAUGAUUAAAUUCUCCAGGCAUAUUAUUAGUGGGAACUAGUUCCUACAUUAGCAUAAGAAACUCCCUUGCACUAAGUAUAAGUCAGUGGAAACAAUUAGUGAGCAUUAGUCCUUUAAUAUCAGCAUGAAUGUCCUGAUACGAAUGGGAACAUUGUUGAUGUGUGGAAUUGGUGCCAGGGCAGUGUCAUGUUUUUACAGAUCUUGUUUUUUUCUUACUGAUCCAUGAAAAUGUGACCUGAUUUCUACUGGCUGUCAGUAACAUUACUGAAGAUUGGAAUGGCGACACAGGGAAUAGCGUUUUUUUUUGUGCAGUGGAUAGUGAAAUGAUUCAUUAUCUCAGGGAUGGGGUUAGGGCCAGAUGGGGGAAGGGAUGCAAAUAUGAUUGGGGAAGUGGAUUUAAGCAUUCAGAUAUUUACAAAAGCAUAUUUAUGUCAGACAACAGGCAACCAGCUAAUCGGUGCCUUGAGACUGUAAGGGGGCAGUGUACAGGCAUGUGUAGCGACUGGCAUUUUGCUUGUAUUUCCAGAGGAAUUUCCAGAGGCAGAGAGAUUGCGAAUAAGGCAAGUGCUGCGUGGAUUAUAACUAAAGGAAGCCUAGGAAUAAAUAUUUGUGUGCACUUCAGAUCUGGACAGUAUUAGCAUGUCAUCCUGGAGAAGACGUCACUGCUUCCCUCUCGGGUGGAACUGGCAUACCAAUCGCUUCUUGUUCCACUGCUUUGUAUUACUGUUCCUUCUGUUUUUUAUGUUUCUUUUGUUUAAUAAUAAUCGAUGGCUUCCGAGGCAGAUAAUAUACAGAGGAAUCGUUGAGGUGGAUAAUACUUAUAGUUUCCAGUCAAAGGUAAGUGAAUCAAUACCAAAGGUGUUCCAGAAGUUGGUUGUCUCACGCUCAAAGAACAAUCAAUCCAAUCACAGAAAGGUCCAAUAUCGAAGAUUGCCUACUGUGGAAAUUACGUCUAAUGGGGCAUCUCAGAAUACACCACAUUAUGGUUAUAUAAUUAACGAGGCUAAGAAAUGCCAGAAAAGCACCCCAUUCCUCCUUCUGCUAAUCUCAGUGGAACCACAACAGCUUAAUGCUCGUGAAGCUAUAAGGCAAACUUGGGGAAAGGAAGACCUUUUCCCAGGAAUUCAGAUUGUUACUUUGUUUUUGCUUGGCAGAGAUGCUAAAGGAACAGGCACAACCGACCAGACUAUUAUAAAUGAAAGCAGCCAAUAUCAUGACAUCAUCCAACAGAAUUAUUUAGACACCUACAACAAUCUGACAGUUAAAACCCUGAUGGGAAUGCACUGGAUAACCACUUUUUGUCCAAAAGUUGCAUAUGUCAUGAAAACAGACAGUGAUAUGUUUGUGAACACUGAACAUUUAAUAUAUGGCCUUCUGAAGCCAGAAAUAGCGCCGCAGACAAAUUAUUUCACAGGAUAUUUCAUGAAAGGGUAUGCACCCAAUCGUAAUAAAAAGAGCAAAUGGUACAUGUCCCAAGAACUUUACCCCGGAGAUCUGUAUCCCCCUUUUUGUUCUGGAACUGGUUAUGUUUUCUCUGGAGACCUAGCAGAGAAGAUAUAUAAAGUCUCCUUAAGUAUCCCACGAUUGCAUUUAGAGGAUGUAUACAUUGGUGUUUGUCUUGCGAAAUUAGGUAUAAAGCCAGUGCCCCCACCCAAAGAAUCUGAUUUUAAUAUUUGGAGGGUUUAUUAUUCUGAUUGUGUGUAUAACCAAAUAGUCACCUCCCAUCAGUUCCAGCCUACAGAAUUAUUGAAAUACUGGAAUCAGUUGCAGCAAAACAAGCAUGCCUGUAGCAAAACUCACAAGUGAAGAACUGCUCUGAUCAGUGUUGUGGUACUGUCUGUGGAGCAGCCUUUUCUCUUCAGCGAGAUGCACUUGCGAGUGAAAUGUUAUUUGCCAAAUAAGACAUAAAGAGAUUUAUUUUUGCAUAUUUUGAUAUGUUUAGCCUAUUACA